GCGAGAGACACUGAGAGAAAAAGGAACUGAAUAGCUCAAAGAAGUUUUUACUUCACUUUCACUUUGCUGUUAUUCUUCUCCAGUUGGUGUCGAUAUAUUGGGUUUGAGUAUUUGAGCCGUGCUUCAGCACUAGUUGCCAGGCAGCCAGUGGAGACUCCUCAAAGUUAGUGGUUCCGGCCAAUAAAUAGUCUGGUACAUGACCCACGUCCCAUGAAACUGCAAACUGUUGUUUCAACACUUGCACUACAGAUCCAACGAACCAGAUCUGAACUACAGCUUUAAAGGCCAGUGCAGCAGCAGGGAUGAACUGGUCGGGACUGCAGAAUCUGUUGAGCGGAGUCAAUAAAUACUCUACUGCGUUUGGGAGGAUCUGGCUGUCCAUUGUGUUUGUGUUCCGUAUCCUGGUGUUUGUGGUGGCAGCGCAGCCCGUCUGGGGUGAUGAGAGCAAAGACUUUGUGUGUAAUACUAAACAGCCUGGCUGUACCACCAUCUGCUAUGACCACAUCUUCCCCAUCUCCCACAUACGUCUGUGGGCGCUGCAGCUGAUUUUUGUCACCUGCCCAUCUCUGAUGGUGAUAGCUCAUGUUAAAUACCGUGAAGGAAAGGACAGCAAAUAUGUGGAGCUGCACCAAGGCUCUCGCCUGUACGCCAACCCUGGCAAGAAGAGAGGGGGGCUAUGGUGGACUUAUCUGUUGAGUUUGGUCUUUAAAGCUGGAUUCGACACAUCAUUUCUUUACAUUCUGUAUCGGAUAUACCAUGGAUAUGACCUGCCCAGGUUAUCCAAGUGUUCACUGGAUCCAUGCCCGAACACCGUUGAUUGCUUCAUUAGUCGUCCAACAGAGAAAAAGAUCUUCAUGUUGUUCAUGGUCAUAUCCAGUGCGCUGUGCAUCUUCAUGUGUAUCUGCGAGAUGAUUUAUCUCAUGUGCAAGCGCAUGACCAAAUUGUUAUGGGUCCACUAUGAAAAUGAGAGGUUCCUAUAUGCUGAGCAGCAUGAGCUCACCAAAAUAACCCCACCCAGGUAUCGGAAGACUGAUCCAACAUUGACAGAGAGCCAGAUGGGUUUAAACAGGAGGGAGAAGGCCAAAGACUCUAAUUUAAGUACAACCCUGUAGGACUCGGGUCAAUUGACUGCUAGUUGUGUAUGAUGGAGUAGAGUCUUACUUCUGUAACUUUUACUUCUAAACUCUAAAAUCUAAACUUCCAAAACUCCAUAAUUUCACUUUAACUCGCCACCAAGUGGGCAAUAUUGUAAGUCUGAGCCACAUAUCACUGACAUGACCACAAGCAGACCAGCUAGCAACAAAUUCAACAUGGCGACUGUAGCUAGCCUCCUGGAAGAACACCAAAAAGCUCUCUCCACUAACUUCUAGAUAUCUUGACACUCUAAGCAAAGCUAGACUGCAUUCUACAGUGUCAAACCAUGUUCAGAAGAUUGCUCCACUCAUGUUCAACACCAACCAACAGGACAAGUGUAUACUAGCUCUGGGAACAUCAUAUACUAUGCUAAUAUAAAGCAAUGUUAAACUGCCAAACCAAAAUAACGGCCCUACAUGAGUCCAUUGAGGGUCCUCUUCCUUCUACUGUUUUUGAGCCACUGGAAGAGGUUCUUGGCGAUGGCGUCUUCGAUUUGCCACCGUAGUGAGAUAGGGCUCAUCAGACACUUUCUGAUAAACCAAGGAUGCCUAUUACUGACUGACUGACUGCUGGAAUAGCUAAGCUAAUGUCCUCUAACCUAACUGUUCCACAUAAGCCUGCUGAGGUUGCAUUACAGACUGUGGUGGUCCUCAUUCUCGUGCUGGCAACCAGGUUUACUCACGGCCAGCCAAACCAAGUAACUUGACUAUUAACUGUUUGAUUUUCUGCCUUAAUGGAGGACUUUGGGGACCCUAGCCCUCAGACCUUAGACCCCUUUCCAGCACUGCACCACACGGUGGACUUACUCACCAGAGCUGGUGCUCUGGAGACUUGACAGCCACAGUUACAUUUAGGUAUGUAGAUGUAUAUUUGUGUGUGGGUGUAAUAUAUACAUAUAUUUUUGUAUUAUUUCUAUCAUAUGUGUGAGUAUGUAUCUAUGCUGGUGUUUAUCUGUGCGUAUGUGUAUGUAUACUGUAUAUGUAUAUAUGCAUGUGUAUAUGCAUAUAUUAUUUGUGUUUUAUUUAUUCAUUAUUUUAUUUUAAUCAAAAUAUCCAUAUGGUUAUAUCUGCAAUCGAUGGGGUGACCACUGUUUGGUUAGAGAAGGAGGACCCAGUAGUGUAGCAGUGAAGCUUUGAGCUAUGGUGCACAGUCGUGGUUCAUAUUCUGGGUGUAGCUCUAGGUAUGGCCACAAUUGUGGUUGUUAGGUUGUUUUUUGUUGCGUUUGUUUGUUUGUUCUUGUAUUUUCUUUUUCUUUUUUCUCUCUUUUCACAUGGUUUCUUUUUUGUCCUCUCAUCUCUACCUCCCCUACUCUCUUUCUCCUCGGCGCACAAGGCACUACACUGUUCCAGGUCAACUCACCAUCAUGAGACUUUUUAUAUGGUUAAUCCCCUGACAACGACAGGUAGAGGAGUGCGUCUGAUCUCCUGGAACACUAAAGGAAUGAACAAAACCACUAAAGUUGGUAUCAUCCCAAAUCAUCGCCAGGGGAUUAGGUGACCCCAUUUCCACCCUCGACAUACAGGAAGCAUAUAAAUGUCCCCCAGGCACCAACGGCUUCACAGUCGAAAACAUUAUUAGUCCCAAAUCUAGCGGGGAUGUACAAUGAUUCCUUUCAGGAAGGCCAGUUACCAGCAACUUUGUCUAUGGGGUACAUAUCUUUGCUUCCGAAGACAGACCCUACUGUUGCAGUAGCUAUGACCAGUUUCACUUAAAUGUUGAUUGUAAGAUACUGGCCAAAAACCUGUCCCUCCGCCUCACAUCAUGCCAGACAUGAUCCCUUAAAUUAAGGAGACACUUUUUUUCAACACUUGGAAAUUGAUCAGUUUCUCACCCUUGACUUUGAUUAAAAGUGACAAAACUGACUCUCUGAAUCCAUGCUCCACUGCACCUCUCUCUGCAUUGGGCACCAAUUGGGCAAUUUUUCUCUUUUUUCACUCUGGGCCAGUAAAAUAUGCAAGGGGCCAGUAAAACUGUGAUCUAUGGGCCUGGAGGGCCAGUGGGGGAAAAGAAUUAUACUGGACACUGAGGCCCUCAACAAAAAUAUAGACCCCAACCCCCUGACUGCUUUGUUCAGCCUCCCUCCUACUCAGAAUAUGCCCACUCCAAAACAGCGUGUCAUUGCCUUCACCACUGUUAGCCAGACGCUGCAUCCUUCUUAAAUGGAAACAUGCCUCCCCUCAACACAUGACAGGUGGACACAGGAAAUGUUAAAAUUCUCACUGAAAGGUCCCCUACUAGUUUUUAUCAAUGACCUCACUAUCACUCCUGAGCCCUACUGCUCCCUCCACUUUAUUAUCCUCUUUACCAAUAACUUAUUGUACUAAAUGCCUUUUUCCAGCUCACCAACUAUUACUAUUAUCAUUAAUAUUUUAUUUUUACUAAACAAUUACUUGUUGUAGCAUUUAAUUUUAAUAAAAGUUAACUCGUUGCACUUUUCAUAUAAAGCAUGUCUAGACCGGGCUCUUUGUAAGUAUGCACUUGACUUUGUUUGAUUUUAUUUAUUUAUUUAUUUGUUGAUUUAAUUUUUUUGUGACCAUGACCAUGGUGGGAGGGUGGGUGGCAUUUUUUCUUAAUUUCUUCUGUCACAGAAGUAUUUAAUGUACCAACUUUGUCUGCAAAUAACUCAAUAAAAAGAUUUUGGGGGAAAAAGGGCA